GACAGUGCACGUUUGACAUCUGUGAGUCCUCCAGUGAGUCCAGUAUGAUCGUCGUGCUGGUCGCGCACGGACCAUCUCGGAACUGCGUUCUUAGCAGACCCUUCUAACACCCACGUCAGCCCCUCGCAAACGACUUCUCUCGUACACCAUCGUCGCUCUGGCCCCCGAGAUCUGGGUCAGACACAUACCACGCAAGCUGCACGGUCGUACCGAUCACUCAAAGUUCUCGUUGGAUCUCUCACAACACUUUCGCGUUCAGUCAGCGUGAGCGGCAAAGAUGGCUGAACGUUACAUCCCCGAGCAUCGCCGCACGAACUUCAAGGCGAAGUCCACGUUCAAGCCCGAUGAGCUUCGGCGGCGGCGCGAGGAACAGCAGGUUGAAAUUCGGAAGCAGAAGCGAGAAGAGAAUCUCGCCAAGAGGAGAGGCAUCGGUGCACGUGGUGAUGCUGCGCCAGGUGCCUCGCUCGGCGCUGCGCCGGACAGUGACGACGAGGGCGCAAAUACUGAGAGUCAACUUAACGAGGAGUUACCGAUUAUGGUCCAAGGCGUCUUCUCCGACAAGAUCGACGACCAGAUCGCGGCCACCACCAAGUUCCGGAAGCUGCUCUCGAAAGAGCGCAACCCCCCGAUUGAGCGCGUUAUUGAGACCGGCGUCGUUGGCCGCUUCGUAGAAUUUCUUCACUCGCCACACACACUCGUCCAAUUCGAAGCCGCCUGGGCGCUCACCAACAUCGCAUCAGGCUCAGCUCAACAAACCCAGGUAGUCAUCGAGGCAGGAGCUGUGCCGAUCUUCGUUGAGCUGUUGAGCAGCCCUGAGCCGGAUGUCAGGGAGCAGGCAGUAUGGGCGCUAGGCAACAUUGCGGGUGACAGCCCGGCGUGCAGAGAUUUCGUGUUGGCUUCAGGUGCUCUGGCGCCUCUCGUCAGGUUGCUUGGAGACAGCAGGAAGCUUAGCAUGCUGAGGAACGCAACAUGGACGUUGAGCAACUUCUGCCGUGGCAAGACACCUCAGCCGGACUGGAACACUAUUGCGCCAGCUCUUCCCGUGCUUGCGAAGCUGGUGUACUCUCUGGACGACGAAGUCCUUAUCGACGCUUGCUGGGCGAUCUCUUAUCUGUCUGAUGGUUCAAACGACAAGAUUCAGGCGGUUAUUGAGGCCAACAUUCCCCGCCGCCUUGUUGAGUUGCUUAUGCACGCUUCGACUUCUGUCCAGACGCCGGCUCUGCGCUCAGUCGGCAACAUCGUCACGGGCGACGACGUUCAGACUCAGCUAAUUAUCAACUGCGGUGCCCUUCCGGCUUUGCUGUCUCUCCUCAGCUCCACCAAGGACGGUAUUCGAAAGGAAGCGUGCUGGACCAUUUCAAACAUCACAGCUGGUAACAGCACCCAGAUCCAGUCCGUCAUCGACGCCAACAUCAUCCCACCGCUCAUCCAUCUCCUCAGUAAUGGCGACUUUAAGACCCGCAAGGAGGCCUGCUGGGCGAUCUCAAAUGCUACGUCGGGCGGUCUUCAGAAGCCGGACCAAAUUCGCUACCUCGUCCAGCAGGGCGCUAUUCGUCCACUAUGCGAGCUCCUAUCAUGCCCGGACAAUAAGAUCAUCCAAGUCGCACUCGAUGGGCUUGAGAACAUUCUCAAGGUUGGCGACAUGGACAAGGAGUCUGAGCAGGGCAGUGGCGAGGCUCCGGUGAACCGUUAUGCACUGUUCAUCGAAGACUGUGGUGGCAUGGAGAAAAUCCACGACUGCCAGAACAACAGCAACGAAGAGAUCUACAUGAAGGCUUACACUAUCAUCGAAAAGUACUUCUCCGACGAGGGCGAGGAUGCGGAGGUCGGCGACCUAGCACCGCAGCAAGGGCAGGAUGGCUCUUUCGGCUUCGGCGCGCAACCCCAGCAACAGAACUUCAACUUCGCCAACGGCGGCGACAGUAUGGACAUGUGAGAAGAGGCUACUUGAUCUGGUACAGUACCCUCACAGUGUCGAAGCAGGAGAAGCAGCGCCGUGUUAGCAUCAACACACUUCAUAGGCGCAAAAGGUAAGUCAUCAGAUUCGGUACUCCAGGCGCAGAAGCGCCUCUGUCGCCCUUGUGCCGCACCCACCCAGCAGCAUCCGGCCCGAGCAAAGCAGCGAUCCAGUACACCCCUUACCAACCAACAACACUCGAUCAUCUGCAUGACUCGGUCACGCAACCCUUACCCGACCUCAGCAUUGACCACACAUUGCCCUUUGAACCCCUUUGACGACGACGCAGCACGGAUUUGCCCGAGGAGAGCCUCCAUAGAGACGACGGUUUGUGUGAGGCUUCAUCGUAGCACUACAGCACGGCGCAUGGGAAGGUCGUACGAUGGCGAACCCUAAGAGACUCAGCCCCCAUAACGACCGGCUAGUUGGCACCUCGUAUGCAGCAUUAAUAGAGUGGAAUGUUGCCCC